UAUACAGUCUAGCGCAAUUGUCUAGGGCGCAUAUUUGCCGUUGGUGGUUUUCCAUGGGCAAGUUUUUCUUGAAUUUGGUAUUUUUUGUCUUUUCAUUUCCCAUUUUAAUAACUGGAGAGGAAAUAAUGCAAGCUGUUGUGUAUAAACCUGGUGGAGCAGAAGGUUUAAGUGUCGAGAAAGUACCUAAACCAAACGUUCAAGAUGGACACAUAUUAAUUAGAAUUCAUUAUUUUGCAAUAAACAGAGCAGAUAUACUACAGAGGAAAGGUUUAUAUCCACCACCCAAAGGAGAAUCAGAUAUUCUGGGUUUAGAAUCAGCAGGAAUAAUUAAUGAAAUUGGUUCAAACUGCAGUAAGCCGUGGAGGUUAGGCUGGCAACUUUAUGUGGGUCAUAUACUGUAGUUGUGUGUAUAUGUGGGCCAUAUAAUGCACCAGUCAAAGUAAACACCGACCCCCCCCCCCCCCGGAUAUAGGUGGGGAUUGGCUUUGAAUACCGUACCAAAACAGACAAAUGCCCCACAAUAUGGGACAAAAUUUUCUAGCAAAAGACAAAAAAUGCCCCCCCCAAUGAAAUUGUAAGUCAUGUGAGAGAAUUUAUCUCCUGGAUAAUCUCCGGGCCGCCGCAUAAAACGACCACAUUUUAAAAUAUUAAUAUUUUGUUCCAAAACUCAAAAGAACAAUAAAAGCAUUAAUAUAACAAACAAAUGUCGAGCUUUCCAUAUUAACCGGUAUUAACAUAUAGAUUGAAAAGAAAUUAAAUUAAUAAUAUAUUUAUAAAAUUCCUCUCCAUUUCACUUCCUUGCGACUUGCGAGCGCGCCAUCUUGACCUUUGUCACAUGGUAUAAAAUGGUAAAACCUGAGGAUUCCAUUGGACAAAAUGGUACAAAAUAGUACAAAAUGGCCACAGACAAUCCCCUAACAAUCCCCAUUAUCUUCCCAGCGUAAUUGGGCAGAAUGACAAAACCAACAAAUUCCCGACAUGGUUGGGACAGAAUUCGAUGACAAAAAGCCACUAAAUCCCCACCAAAUCCCCUCUUUGUCCGGGGUGGGGGGGGUCAGGGUUUACUUUGACUGGUGCAUAACUCUUUGAGUUAAGCCCCGACCACACCCAAACCACACCCAUUUUCAUCAAGGGCUUAACUCGAAGAAAGAAACACAACUUGGAAAGUUUGAGUUAAGCCCCGUGAAAAAAGAGGGGCUUAACUCGAAGUCAUUGAAAUUAUUAGACGCUCGAGUUAAGCCCCAACAUUUGAGGCAUAAAGGCUUAACUCGAAGGGCUUAACUCGAAGAUUACCUACCUCUGGUUUGGGCGUGGUUGGGGCUUAACUUGAAAAGGGCUUAACUCGAGGGGCUUAACUCGAAGAUUACCUACCUCAUAUAUACAGGGUGUAUAAAAAAAGGUAAUCGAACUUCAGCACACUAUUGUGCACAUGAAUUACUUGGCGUGUGAACGAAAUUUGUUCAUAUUCAGAAAGAUCAGGCUUUUAGCUAUUCAAUGACAUGUUUUUUAUGCCAAGUGGAGAGAAAAUAAGCAAGUACGAGUCCGAUAAAAAAAUGUUAGUCAGAAUCGCAUAUUUUGACCUCUGUGCCUAAUUAUUAAAGCAGUGCAUAACAAAAGAAAAGGCAAUUAAUUAAUUUAAUCACGAACUUGUCAUAGCUUAGCUAAGAUUUAUUCCUACUUGAUAAUAAUUAUGAAUAUGUGCAUAGUUUAAUGAAGUGAAAUUCAUCAACUUAAGUCCUGAAGAGGGUUAAUUUUCAAUGGUUUUAGACCCCCACUCUCAACGGUGAAAAUAUGCGAUUCUGACUAACAUUUUUUGUCGGAUUCGUAUUUGUUCAUUUGUUAUACAUUUUGGAUGAAGAACAUAUUAUUCAACAGAUAAAAGCCUGAUCUUUCUGAAUAUGAAAAAAAUCGCGGUCAUAGGCAGAGUCAUUCAGAUGUAAUAGCGCACUGAAGUUUGAUAUUACCUUUUUUUAUACACCCUGAAGUAUAGACUGAGAAACAAGUUGUAACAACCUGCAGCAGAUUACUGUGGCAAUGCUGUUCCAUGUGACAACUUGUCAACAGGAUGUGUUUGCACUGCUUGUACUGUAAUUCCAAUUUCCAGCAGAGCAUGGCAAGUGCAACCGCAAGUUUUCUUUUGGUAAUUGACCUGAAAGUGUCACUUGAAAGUAAAUAUGAAAAGUAUCUUAAGGUGGCUCGAUACACUUUUAAAAAAUUCAGGUGUUCAACACUUUGACAUGAUGUUCAAAGUUAAACUAUGCAUUUUUAGGAUUUAUUCAGCAGAUAUUGGGAGUUUUAUAUAUUUUGAUAUCUCUACUUUCAAAUUAUAUUAGUUUUAGUAACAGAUAGUUUGUUGCUAUGGCGACAUACAGUACAUGUACAAAAUUCACUCCAAAAUGGCCUAUUGCCUUGUAUAGUUGGAAAAGAAGCAUGGUGACCCCCAAUUUUUUUUCGUGCGUUAUUUUACUUGGAAGAAAGUAACAAUUAGCAAAAUUUAGAAAAAUUCUGUAAUGCCUUUUUUUUGGAAAAUGCGAAAAUGUCUUCUGUAAAAUGUUUUUGGCAUAUUACAGAAUUUUUUUAUUUUUUGUAUAAUGAAAGUUUUUAGUGGUGCAAUAUAGCAUGCAAAAUUUGAACACUGGUCACCAGACAAAAUAGAGAGAUACACUGUAGUGCAUUGUUUUUUAGGGGUGCACCGGAUUUCAAAUCCGGCCGGAAUUCCGGCCGGAUUUAACGAAUUAUCCAGCUUCCGGCCGGAUUUGGAGAAAAUCCGGCCGGAUUUAAAUUUCUGUUUUCACCUGAAAAACUUCACCAAGAAUGGGAUAAACCAUCAAUUUGGCAGCUUUAAAGUUUAAGAAACACUUCUAUUAUUAUAAAAUAUUAAGUUAUUAACAAAAAGGUAUUUAAAAAAGGUUUAAACACAAUCAAAGAACUAAACUGACACUAACUAAAAAUAGUAAAAAGCAUAAACCGCCAUUUUCAAUACUGAAUUAUCACAAUUUAUCCCCAAUUGUCCCCAUUACCGGUUUAUCUCAAAUCCGGCCGGAAUUUUUGUCCAAAUCCGGUAAAUCCAGUUCCGGCCGGAUUUGAAAAUUCCAAAUCCGGUGCACCCCUAUUGUUUUUCGAAAAUGGAAAACUCUAAUGAAGUCGGCAAUUGACAUAAAACUCUAUAGAACACAUGCAAUGACGUGGGAUGGCGCGAGCAACUGCUCAUUUCAGGUCAUUUUGAAAGUUCUUUCAUUUUUUUAAUCAGUUUCCGCGACCUGCGCGUAAAAAUGAUCACCCGGUUUUGUUCAGAACUAUAUCGAGCCACCUGAAGGGAUUAUAGACAAAGAUUUUGUCCCGCUUUGCAGAACAAGUCAGAAAGCAGGAUGAAAUCUAUUUGUCAACAGUGUCCAACCAACAACGGUGUGGGUGUUUAUAAGUGGUGCGGUUUACUGUUUUGUUGCAAUUUAAAUGAGAGUAUAAAGAUUUUUAAAUAAUAAUAAUAAUAAUUAGGCAAACAAGAGCAAAGACUCAACAUCCAACAAUACAUAGUACAUGUAUGCAAAAAUUUGCCCUACUUUUCAAACUGGCAACUACCUCAACCCUUGUGAUCAUUGCAUGGUCAACCCCAAGCCUGUAUCAUCACUCUUAUACACUAAUCAUAACCAGGCUGCCCUCCUCCCCCUCCCCCCCUGGUUGAACCACUGUGUGCAGGGGUAUAAAACCACCAAGCAACCCAAAACAGCUUUUGAAUUUGGCUUAAUUACUUUAUGAUGAUGCAUUGCUCUGUACUAUAUACUGUACACUGCAUACUAAAUGAUCUAAUAUACACCAGAUUGUUAUAAGGGGAAGGGUGUAGUUUAUAUUUGGUGUGAGGCACAGGGUCUUAGCCAGGAUUUUGGGAGUGUUUCUAAAUUAAUAGUACAAAUAAUAGUGUCUUUUCUUAUAACCAUAUUAUGAUUAGUAAUCAUAUUAAAUAGUCCAGUUGACAUUCAUUUCUAUAUUUAUAUACAGGAAAGGAGAAAGGGUGAUGGCUCUUCUUGGCAGU